CGUUCAUUGACGUUCGCUAUGUCAUGGCGUCUACUCACAGUCUCUCGUUCAGUCUCGUUUUCAUCUUAUCCCAGUGCAUCCCAGUGCAAUUGUCAACAACGUGAUAUUUUUAAAAAUUACAUAAAUAAAUUUAUAAUCGUAAAAACAAUUCGAGUACACGAUUAAAAGUUGAAUUUUAAUAUUGAAAAUAUAUCUAAGUGAAUAAAUAUAUAAACAAGUUUAUAAUUAUUAUAAAAUUAAAAAAAAAAUAUAAAGAAGAAAGAAAACAAACAAAACAAUAAACAAGUGUAAUAAACAAUGAAAAAAUAAAUAUAAUUAUAAUUUUUUAAUUAUAAUUAAUGUUGAAUUUAAUAAUAAUGAUUAAUAUUAAAAAUUAUAGAAAUAUUUUUAUUAAUCGAAAUAACGAAAUUAAAUAGUCUCAAUUAAUUUCGAUUCAGUGAAAAAUUUUUGUUUAAGUGAAUAUUUGAUUUUUAAUUUUUAAAAUAAAAAAUUGGGCAAUUAUUACAAUGAUAUUAAUCAAAGUCAAUUUAAGCUGGAAAUAUCAAGAUUGCAUAAAUAAUUUUAUGAAAAAAUAAAAUCAAUUUAUAGCUCAAUUUAUGAAUUGCAUCAAUUGAAAAUAAAUUGAUAAUAAAAGAAACUUAAAAAACCUUGGUUUAUAAAAUAUUGAGGAUCAUAAAAAGACAUUAAAAUGUCGGUCUGUGGUAGACCUUGUGAAGGACAUCAUGAAGAAAUAAUUAGAAUUUGUUCUGUAUCACAUAAUACUCUCAAUAAUCUUCAUCAUACAAUUUGCAUAAAUUGUACACCUCCACCUUCUUAUCACAAUAUUAAUUUACCACCAGAUCAUCCAGCAAAUUUAAUAAGUGAAAGAGGAGCACCACCAUCAUACGACGAAGUUAUAGAUCCAAAUGCACCUCCACCAUCAUAUGAUUCGUUAUUUGGAAGAAUGAGAGAAGCUCAUAAAACAUCAAAAGGAAUUUUUGAUUUUAUAUUCAAUGUUAUUGUUCUUCUUCUUGGCACACUUGGAUGUACAAUUAUAAUUGGUGUGACAAUAGUAAUACCAAUAUGCAUGAUGGUGAUAGGUGGUAUAUAUUUAUAUGAUUGUCCACAGGGUGAAUAUAUACCAGUUUAUUUACUUGUUGGUGGUGGAUUUGGUGUAUUUAAACAACUUUUACAUUUAUCAGCAAGAGUUAGAAAACGCCAGGAAGAAAGAGAUGAAGAAAGAAUACGACAAUCACCAACUCAAACAUUAAUCAAUUGUUUUAUGCUUGGUUGGUUUAUAAUUGGUUCAAUGUGGGUUUAUAAAGAAUACGAGCCAAAUUAUGAUCCAACCAAGGAUAAAUAUUGUAAUAAAACAUUAUAUUUAUUUGCAUUUUGGUUGAUAACCUCGGUUUAUAUUGGCCUUGGUGUGAUAACUGCAGGCCUCUGUAGUAUUUCUGUAGCAAGUAUUGCUUUUUCACAGAGGCCACCUGAUCGUUUGGUGGCCAUGUAAAAUAAUAGGGACAAAAAAAUUAUUAUCCAAGUAUAUACAUACUCAAAUUUACAUUCAACAAAUGAUAAAUAAUGACCCAACAAUUUUUUAAUUUAAAUGAUAACUUAGUAUCUUCGUGUUUGUCAAACUAACAUAAUAUAUAUAAUUUUUUUUUUCGAAAAGUAUUGAUAAGUUUAAAAUAAAAAAUAAAUAUAUAUUUUUACUGUGCCAUGAUAUUGAGCAAAUAAUAUAAAAUAUCUUUAAUAUUUAUUUUUAUUUAUUUUAUUCAUAUCAUUUGGUUUCUACUUGUAUGAAAUUUGAUAUUUUCACUCUUUUUUUUUUUCCACCGAGCACGUAAUAUCUACUUGUAAAAAAAGAAAAAAAAAAGCAUGAAUAUUAUUAAAUUAAUAUAGAAAUUAUUACUAUUUUUAUGUUGAAUAGAAAAAUAUGACUGUGGUUUAAAUUAAUAAUAUUAUUCGUGGUAGCUAAUUUGAUUAUUAUUGUGAUGUCGAAGCAAAUAAAUAUUGUCUUCUUACGUGUUUAAAUAUAAUUUAAUGUUUUGAGAUAAACAAUAUAUUUUAACAUAUUGUUUUUGUGCCAAUUUGAUUAUUUUUUUAUCACAAUAAACGUAAAAAUAGAAUAAUCAAAAAUAUAUUAUUAUAUUUUAAAUGUAAUAACAACAUUAACAUUUCUUUAACAUUUAGAUUUUUUUUUCUAACUGUUUUAAUAAUGAUAAGACUGUUUUAUGAUGUCAAAGUUCAAAAAAUAGAUUUUCUCCGUCCUUAAUAGUCUUUGAUUAUUAUUAUUUUUAUAAGUAGCAUUUUUUUUUUUGCCCACUUUUGUUUUGUUUGAAUGACUGCUGUUUUAAUUAUAAUUUUUUUUCUAGAUAGAAAUACAUUCAUCAUACAAAAUUUAUUAUGUAAAAUUUUAUAAAUUAUUAUUUUUUAAUUGUAUAUUAUUGCUAAUAUAAUAAAUCAUCACAUUUAUUUUUAUCAAAUAAAAAUAAUAAAGAUAAAUUUGAUUUAUUUAAAAAUGUAAAUAUAAUAUUUAAGUAUUUUUAAGUAUAAAAUUGCUCGUU